AUGCCAAAGUUCAAGUGUUUACAGAAAAAACAAAACUCAGAUCAAUUAAUAUCUGAUUCUCAAGGUGCGAAAUCAACACAUUCAUUUCUCCAAUCAACAUCAAGUCUGCCACCACAUCAGACCACAUCAUUUCUGGCCACAACACAUUCAGUCCCACUAUUUCAGCCGACAUUGCAGGCGCCUCCAAUAUUUCAGCCUGUAUCACAGUCAUCUCAAUCAGUUGACUCGGCAUCACAUUCAGCUACGAUGGAUCAACUUAUGUCACAACUGGCUCCGACAGCUUAUCCUACAUCACAACCAUCUCAUUUAGUUCACUCGACAUCACAUCCGGCUUCAACAGAACAAGACUCGUCACAACAAGUUCCAACAGUUCAAGCUCUAUUCAAAAAGUGUAUUGGGCGUGAAUCACAGUCAUAUUGGACUGUAGAAGCAAUAGAUUCAGAAAACAAUGUCAAACGGCUCAAAGUAAAAAAAACAGAUGUGCUUAAUUUAUCAGUUGAUGAACUUAUUGUGGUUAAUUUUGAUUACCUAAAUGAACCAUUUGGAGAGGCUCGUAGCCUUCUUUCAGACUUUUGUGGAAUUUUAGCAUGUGAUUGCUCUUUAUUUCCAAUCAACUUUGAGAAGUGGUCGAGUGUGCCUAUGUCAUACUUAAAUCGUGUCUUCGAUCAAAUUAUAAAGCCCAAGUUCUCCUUUAAGACAACAGAGUCAAAUGCGCGGCAACAUAUUUAUAAAUCUAUUGGAAAGAAGUGGGCUGCAAAUAAGAACAACUUGUGGAAGUUAGUCGAAGACCCACUUAAAAGUAAGGUUGAGAUUAUUGAUAAUGUGCCAGAUGGAAUUCCACGAGAUCAAUGGAUUUCUUUGUUGAUUACCAAUAUAAAGAUUCAACAAAGGAAAUGCGUAGAAGAAAUACUGAAAAUCGGAAAAAACAGACAAUUCCACACACAGGUGGCUGAAACAGGACAAAGACCUGGACGAGCACAAAUAUAUAUUGCUACUCAUAAAAAUAAAGAUGGAGUAUAUGUUAAUGAAGCUGCAAAAGAAAUAUGUGAAAAAAUUGAGCUAACUUUGAGCCAAAGUACCAUGGAUGAGUCUCAAAUUUCGCCAAAUGAUGCUGUUGGUAAGGUUUUAGGAAAAGAACACUCUGGAAGGGUUAGAUGUUUGGGAUUAGGAGUUGUCCCCAGUAAAAUUUUUAAACAAGUAAGACCGCGUUUUGGUGGUGCAAGUGUGUAA